GAAUCCCCAACGCCGGCGAGGAAUGCCGGCCGGAAGUCGGGUGUCACGCCCUCCACUCGGAGUGCGUGAACGGGACGGAGGCGUGGAGCUGCGAGUGCCUGGGAGGAUACACGGAAGAGCAAGGGCGAUGCAGACUCCCGAUCGUCCAGGAAGAAUGCCUGCCGGGAGUCGGGUGCUCCACGCCGAAUUCGGAAUGCUCAAACGGGGCGGGGGAGUGGAUCUGCGAGUGCAAGAACGGAUACAGGCAAGAUGGCGUGGAAUGCAGGCUCCCGGUCCUCGGCGAGGGGUGCCUGGUGGACACCGGGUGCUCCACGGCGAAUUCGUCGUGCGUCGUGGGCGGGUCGGGGGCGGGGACCUGCGAGUGCAAGAACGGGACCAUGGCGUACGAGGGGAAUUGCAUUCUUUUCGGGGAGGAACUCGGGGAUCCCUGCGACCUGGAAUUCGAAAAUGUGACCUGUGGAGUCCCCAAUGCCAUAUGCGUCGAGGGACCCUUCGGGAUUUCCUGCGGGUGUAAAGACGGUUGGGUGGUCGAGGACAAUUCCUGCAAGAUCGGGGUCGGCUCGGAGUGCGACGGCGACGACUGCGUGCAGAACGCCAGCUGCAAAAAAGGCGAAUGCGCGUGCGACGAAGGCUUCAAGGAGGACGAGGUACACCCCAAGCGAUGCGCGAGUUCGGGUGCGAUGGCGGCGAUUUCCUUCGGUGUCCUGGCCGUUUCCGCAGUGUCUUUCGCGUUCUUCCGGUGAAAGCUUCCACGUCGAUUGAAAGGAC